AAGUGAAGCUGGACUUUCAGCACUUUUAAAGCCGCGCGCUCUCUGCGUCUCCAAACACCUUUCAAUCCAGGUCAAUCAAGGUUAUUUCUCCCCUUCUCUUUAAACCACUCCAAGAACACUGUUUAAAAGGUACUCUGAAACAGAUGUGUUUCAAAAAACAAAACAAAAAAACUUGAGAGGGACUUUUUGGACUUUUUUUGUGAACUUUUUUAAGGACUUCUUCCUAAAAAAACAAACAAAUCGGGAUUCCCUACAGGCUUGCUGACACGUCUUUUCUCGGACUCGCAUUCACAGUGUAUGGACUGAUCAUUUCUUUUAGAGAACAUCACCAAGUCUGUUGAAUGCAAUCGUACGUGUACGAGAAAGCGAUGGCACCCGAAACAAGAAACGGCGGCAAAUCGACGUUCAACAGCAACGGCACCGGCACCAGCAAGAGGAAACUGCUGAUCGUCCUGGAUAUCAUCUGCCUUCUUUUAGCUGCCCUGCCUUUCCUGUUAAUCGAAACUAGCAUGAUCGAGCCGUAUCAUCGCGGGUUUUACUGCAGUGACCAGUCCAUCCGGUAUCCUUAUAAAAACGGAGAAACCAUAAGCGAUGCCGUGCUCUGUCUCGCUGGCAUUCUUAUUGCCAUCAUGUCUAUUGUGAUCGGAGAGUGCUAUAGGAUCCGUUACUUCAAACAGGGCUCACGGUCCUUUGUGGGAAACCCGUACAUUUCUGCCCUUUAUCGGCAGAUCGGUGUGUUCAUCUUCGGCUGCGCAGUCAGCCAGUCGUUCACAGACAUUGCCAAGGUGUCAGUGGGGCGCAUGAGGCCACACUUUCUGGAUGUAUGCAAGCCGGAUUACACACAAAUCAACUGCUCCGAUGGCUACAUCACUGACUACGUGUGCUUGGGUGAUCAAAGUAGGGUGCAGGAGGCGAGGAAAUCCUUCUUCUCUGGACAUGCCUCAUUUUCAAUGUACACCAUGCUGUAUCUGGCUUUCUAUCUGCAGUCUCGGUUUACGUGGCGUGGCGCUCGUCUCCUAAGGCCACUGGUCCAGUUCACUCUUUUGAUGAUGGCCUUCUACACCGGCCUAUCUCGUGUUUCAGACCAUAAGCACCAUCCCACUGACGUGCUUGCUGGAUUUGUACAAGGAGCGCUGGUGGCCUACUGCAUAGUCUUCUAUGUGUCGGACCUAUUUAAGCCCAAAGACAAGACCGUCAGUCCUCCACCUUCACCCAUCAAGAAAGAACUCCUACCCUCAACUGACAUCAUAGACAGGAACAACCAUCACAACAUGGUGUGAGAGGAGAACAUGGGAGGAAGCAUCCCUAGAAUUCCAUCAUACCGUUUGAAGAACCUGAAGAGCCACCUGUGAAUAAAGAGAAGCAGCAUUUUAGCUGCUGCUCUCUCUUUCUCUCAUCUGACAGUAGAAUGUAGAGGCAGGAGACAGAGACUUUUUUUUUUUUUUUUUACUAUUGAGACUCUUUAUUUUUGUACUUUUACAAACCUUGCUGUUUCUUAUUUGAGCCCAAUUUAUGAAUGCUAAACAAUCAUAAGAAAAGUCAAUUAUUUUUGGGAGUUUGUUCCUAAAGCAGCAGAGACUAAAUGUGCAUAUAACCCUCAAUGGAGUUAAAUGCAGAAAGAAUACAAGGGCCACAUUAAUAAUGGGGCAGAAGGAAAGCAAAACAAGUACUAAUGAAUGAAUGGAUGCAUGGAAAAUGAAUGAAGAUUGUGACUGUAAGUGUGACUGGUCAUGUGACGCCUGCUCUCUCUUUCUCCCUCUCUCUUACUCUUUAUAUUAUAACCCCUUUUCCUCUCUUGUCUCCAAGGCCUUUUGCCAGUAUAAGACAACAAAUUCCUUAGUUAGGAAUGAUACUUUAUUACCUGCAAAGUUACUAGCACAGAUAUAUUAACAAAAUUAAGAAAUAAUAACUUAUAGCACUAUAUUCGAUCAUUAUUAAAAAAAAAACGUCACCACUCGCUAUCUGGGCGGUUUAGCUCUGAGGACUCUCGAUGAGGUUUAGUGUUAGACUAAAUACCAGUUGAACUCUUACACUGUGGUAUGUGGGGGUCCUGCAGAAUCUAGUGAACUACACAUAUCAUUAUGAUAUGCUGACACUCCUAAGCACUAGACCUAUCCUGGCUGUCUAAAGCUAUCCACACAGAGGCCAAGCUCCAAGGGAUGUUGCAUUUUAGUGGGGUUUUAAGGGAAGGGAUGGGGGGAAUGGGCUGUAGAUAACAAAAGGUAGUCCAAUUUUAAUAGUGAAAUAGUGAAUAAAAAAAUUAUGUAGGUAAGAAAGCAUGGCAGAGCCAUGCAUCUGCCUCCACUGGGUGUGACUUGUGCUGGGAAAGAUGGGAUGCAGGCAGGCAGGUUGAGUCCAAUCGACUGCACGGGCUUGGCACAUUUCAUUUUUGGAUGGGUGAACGAGUCUCUUCUGCUGGCUGGUAUUGAUUUUUCUCCCUUCCAAACACAUAAUCACUCAACAGCAGUGCCAACUGUAUUAAUAGCCAGGGAUGGUGUUAAUGAAAUUGCCUGCCAGAACUCCCAUCCAACCCAACAUGUUUAAGGUGUGGGGUCCCACCACACUCAGUGCCACAUUUUGUGUGUGUGUGUGUGUGUGUGUGUGUGUGUGUGUGUGUGUGUGUGUGUGUAAGUGUGUACAGUAUGAGUGAGAUUCUGUGUAUGUGUGUGUCUCACUGUGUUCCUGCACAUAGUCCCUGCCUCUGUGCAGAAGACUGUUACCAUGUGAAGAAAAAAAAUGGAAGAAAACUGUGGAUUUAUUUUCUUUAAAUGCCUCUUGGGCCUUUUCUUAUCUUAAAACAAAGUCUACUGUUCUCACUAACACAUGUACAGUGCUGCCAGAUUAGUUUACAUACCAGUAUAGUGUAUUAUCUACACAAUGCCACCCAGACUCUAAACAAGUUGCACAUCCCUCAUGUUGUCUAGUCCGUCCUAUCAUUUCAGCAAACUGUUUUCUCUCUCUCUCUCUCUCUCUCUCUCUCUCUCUCUCUCUCUCUCUCUCUCUCUUAAAUAUAUAAAUAAUGUAUAGAUCACUAAAAUUAACUAUGUAAAAUAUUAUUUCUGAACAUAUUUAGAUAUAUCCACUAUAAAGAAAAACAGUGUCAUGACCUGUGUUAUUUACAAAUUGCUGCUUCACCAAGCAUUGAUUGACAAUUUUUUUCUGUAUUUAGCUUACUAAACUAUUGUAGAUUUGUCAUAUUAAGUUUUUUAAAGAACUACACCUACAAAAAUGUAUCAAAUUUCACUAUUAAUAUUUUUGUAUUGUCUCAUUGUUUUGUACAAAAGAAAUAAUAGCAAUUUUUUUUCUGCUAAAUGUACCUAGAUCUAAUACAUGUGUUAUGAAAUAAAAAAAAAUGCUUAUUAUGAA